CGAAACCUUCUUCAACAAAAAAAUCGUAUGUAUAUUUAUCUACCACCGCCUCAUAAAAUUACAAUUGCUUCAGCUUCUUUUUAUUAAGAGCUUUCAUAUAUUUUACCUAUUCUAUUCAGUAAAAAAGCAAGAUGUCACUGUGGGAUAUAGUGCACUAUCUGGUUCCACAACUGAAAUAAUCUUACUUUUAGUUGCGGCGGUAGGACUCUAGAACAAAUAUUUUAAAUUCGCUUUUUUAUAUAUUGUAAUUGCUAUUAAACUUUUUUCAGGGCUGCUACCUUAAAAAUACAAGAUCUUUUGAACAAGAUUGAUGUAAGCAUAACUGUUGCACUGGAUUUUAUUACAAUUUUGUAAUAAACAAUUGAAAUUAAGAAGUUCAUUUUAUUUGCAGCUUGAAGAAUUAGUAAACGACGGAGGUGAAAUCUUGGAUGAGUAUGUUAUAAAUAUUCAUUUUUUUGUCAAAUCAUCUGCACUUACAGUUUUUGAAGCCCCAUUGUAAAAGCAAAAUGCCGUAUCGCUUUCACACUGACUAUAGCCAUUCUUAAAGACCUCCUUAAAGAUACUGAACUAUAUUGAACCAUCGAUGAUUUAUUAUGAGUAUUCCAAAGAACUAUAUAUUUUUUUCUAGAGAUGAAGAGGACGAAGAUGAUGAAGAUAAUCCUAACUUCAGACGUGCUAAGAAACACCAUACGAUGAACAGGAGUAACAUGUACUCUUCAGAAAAAGAAUCAGACGCGUCAUCAAGUGCGUCCGCAGUCGAGAAGAAUCCCGGAAACCCCUUCACGAUUCACAAGAAUAAGUACCGGCAAAACUGGCUCUGGAAUCACUUCAUGGAUGGUGACCACAUGAACAUAAAUCCUUUUGGUCCCCAUUUCCAAAGCUUGGGACCGUCUGGACCCGAGCUGUUCUUCGGCAGAAAAUGGUGGUACUUUAACCAGGAUGACUACAAACCAAUGGGCUAAGGGCGUGUAUUUGUGUAAUUAAAUGUAAUAUAAGCUUUCAUAUUUAUGACCAUAUUUAUUUAAGUACCUUGAAGUAGAUUUGUUCAAAUAAAAUUCGAUAUUUAGCUGCGUCUAUCAGGUAAGACAAGACCGAAAGAAGAUGUCGAAACAACGUGUUAUGAUAGUUUUUCUUUUUAUAAGCCUCCUUGAAACGAAAACGAAAUAAACUUCGCAAUUUACUGUACAGUCAAGCUUUUACUUGAUUUUCUUACCACACUUUUGAAAUAUCCGAAUUUCUGACCAAAUAACCGUCAACAAAAGUGUUAUGAAAAAUAAUUGCUCGUGACAAAAAUUAUGAAAAACUACCCAAGUAGGUGUCCGAGUACCCUGGUAUCAGACCAAUACAUAACCGCCUUAGUAAAAAAAAUAACACUUCCUAUAAUGUAAGAAACUCUAAAAAACUAAAAAAGCGAAAGCUGAAAAAACAUGAUGAUUCCUAAAUAAAUGGAAGCAGACAAAAUAAAAACAAGCAUACUACAAUGUCAAACUAAAAUGCAACCCAUUUCGUUCACAAAUAGAUCCCGGUAUAUCAGAAAAUAUUUUAAACGCAUCGCGACACGUUUAUUCGAAGAAAUAUUACAUCAUUUUGUGUUCACAUCUCAUACAACUCUUUCGAUCAGAAUCUAUUUCCUUUCGCGGCAAAUAUUUCAAAAGAAUCUAUUUGGCCACAUUUCAGAUCGAAAUUUUUAUAGAGACCUCGAUAGGCGAUCUUUUUUUAGUUAUUCGGAUGCCGUUGUAUGACAAAAGCAAUUGGAAUUUAAAAGGUUGGAGAUAUUUCAGAAGGAUUUGAUUUUGCAGAAGGUCACGCCUCAAAAUAAAGCAUUUGACUUUUAAUUCUUGACAUAUUGAUAAAAUACAUUCGAAACUCGAAACAAAAAAUAAAUAGAGUAGCUGUUCAGAAAUAAGUGAAGACCACCACAGUUGAUUUUGCUGGUUUGAAGGGAACAACCUUUUUUUUU